ACCCUGUCAUUAGCAUUACAGUUUGGUUUGCUGAUUGCCUGUCAUUGUAGAAUAUCAAUUUUGAUUACUCACGAAGUGUUGUAUCAAGUUUUGUUAAAUUGCUUAGUAAUUUUGUAGAGGUUUAAUUAUCUAUAAAGAAAAUUAAGAUGUUUUUAACACGUUCGGAAUACGAUCGAGGGGUAAAUACCUUCAGUCCUGAAGGUAGACUUUUCCAGGUGGAAUAUGCAAUAGAAGCGAUUAAACUGGGUUCUACUGCUAUAGGUAUCUGCACCUCUGAAGGGGUUGUGUUGGCCGUCGAAAAAAGAAUAACUUCGCCACUUAUGGAGCCAACAACUAUAGAAAAGAUUGUUGAAGUAGAUCGGCAUAUCGCUUGUGCUGUGUCAGGAUUGAUGGCUGAUUCAAGGACCCUCAUAGAGAGGGCGCGUGUUGAAUGCCAGAAUCACUGGUUCGUCUACAAUGAAAGGAUGAGCGUGGAGUCAUGUGCCCAGGCGGUCUCCAACCUGGCUAUACAGUUUGGUGAUAGCGAUGAUGAUAGUGGAACAGCCAUGUCCCGGCCCUUCGGAGUGGCUGUUAUGUUUGCUGGUAUUGAUGAGAAAGGACCUCAACUCUUCCACAUGGACCCAAGUGGAACAUUUGUGCAAUAUGACGCUAAAGCAAUAGGGUCUGGUAGCGAAGGAGCUCAACAGAGCUUAAAGGAAAUCUACCACAAGUCGAUGACACUAAAGGAGGCUAUAAAGUCAGCGCUCACGAUCCUCAAGCAGGUGAUGGAAGAGAAAUUGUCGGAGAACAACGUGGAAGUGGUCACCAUGACUCCGCAGUCCAUGUUCCAUAUGUUCUCGAGGGAACAGCUCGCUGAGGUUAUUAAGGACAUCCCUUAAGUAGCUGGACGGUUGAGUUUAUUUCUGAUAAUAAUUAGUGAUUCAAAUGUUUUCAUCGAUGCAAUAAUGAGGUAAAUGUGAAUUAGCACAAAACAUUUGCUGUUUUUGGGAAAGUUGAAGGUUAUAUAAAUUUGAAUGUUUUCGUAAGUGCAAUUAUAACUGCCUCAAUGUACUGCCCAUGCGCAUGAAAUGAAUUAUUAUUUACUAUUGAAAUAAACUUGGCCGAAUUUUAGAGUAUUUAGUAAUAUUUUGAGUAAAUUGUUUUUCAUUAUACAUUAGUUAGUUUCAUUUAAACGUAAAGAGAAAUUAUCAGCGCUUUACGCAUAAAAAAUUCGUAUUAACAAUACACAAUUUUUUGUAUUAUCAAUAUUUUUAUUUAUGUGUAUUAAUUAUAUAUUGUAUUUAUUCGGGAAUUUUAUUAUAUAAAAUGUAGAAGUAGAAGUAAAUAAUACAUUUUCACAGUUACUUUGCAAUCGAAUAUUACAGGCACUAAAUUUACGUUAUGCUAUAGAAAUUAGAAAUUAACGUGAAAAGCGAUUUAUUUAAGAUAUUACAAUAUGUGGGAGCUGGAGAAUCUUAAAAUAAGUAAUCAUGGUUUUUAAUAAAAAAAUGUAAACUUAA